AUGACUCAUCAUGUGCUCCCUGAAUUUAACGAAGAUACAGAUAAGUGGAAGCCGUAUCUCAUUAGGGCAGAUGCCUACUUUCAAGCUAACGGAAUCACCGAUUCAGCCAAAAAGAGAGCACUUCUCGUGGCAGCAUUGAGCACGCAAACCCUGCAAGUAUCAGCCGGCAAGGUCGCACCGCGAGCCCCAAAGGCGUUGAGCUUUGAGCAAGUUGUCCAGGUGCUAAACGAGUAUUAUGAUCCGAAGCGACAUGAAAUAACGGAAAGUUUCAAGUUUUUUAACCGCUGCCAGAUGGAAGGAGAAUCUGUCACGCAGUUUCUGGCCAUUUUCACAGACUACCAGGACAUUUUUACCACGGAACUCGGUCUAAUGGAGGGUCCUCCAGCAAGCCUGCACCUCAAAGAUGGAGCAAUUCCAAAGUUUUAUCAUCAACCACUCGUCAGCCUGCUGAGACCCGACCGCCAGACACCGACUAUGGCGGCUACGCGAAUUCAACGCUGGGCACUGUACCUCGGAGGCUACAAAUACAAGCUUCAGUAUGUUCCAGGACCAACUGAGGGGAGCCACGACUGGACACUGCCGCCAGACAGCAGCGUGUACGUCCGCAAUUACGGGCAGGGAGAGAAGCGGAUCCCUGGUCAUGCCAUUGCGGCGACCGGAGCACGAAUGGUAACCGUAGAGAUUCCCACUGCCAUUGUCAAGCGCCAUGUCGUUCAGGUGCGCCGCCGCUCGGAUUCAUCACCAAGGUUUCCGGAUACGACUGCUCGUGGUCCAGGGUCCAACCAGACGCCAGGUCCCAGCACGGCCACCAAUGCCAGCACUUCCUUGGAAGAGGCCGCCCCAGUUAAUUCUCCAGAUGCAGACCAAAUUGCGGAUGACAGCAUUCGACCUCGCACCCCUCCUCUCCCAACUACCUUGAGUCCGGCCGAAGCUUCGCAGCAAGUCCUGCGCCGGUCAACGAGGCAGCGCAAGCCAGUGCAACGGUUCCAUUUUUGA